GGGGUUUGGUUGGAGACCUUGCAUGUAUUAUGCAAGAGGGUUUUGCAAGAAUGGGAAUAGUUGUAAGUUUUUGCAUAGUGUUGGUGGAUUUCAAGAUUCUGAUGGGUCUAGUGCUAUUGUUGGUUCUCCUAGUAAUAAUAAAGUUGACUCUUUUGAUGAUUUUCUGAGGAUGAAAGCUUUACAACAGCAGCAACAACAGAGGUUUGCUGCUGCCUCUCUUAUGGCUUCUGGUGCUCAUCAUCAUCCACUUGCUUACAACAAGUGUAUGAACAUCUUGAGUGAUAACCAAAGAUCGGCUGCAGCAGCGUUUAUGAUGGGAGAAGAAUUCCACAAAUUUGGUCGAUGCCGUCCUGAUAGAAGUGAUUUUUCAGCAAUGGCAAUUGGCGGUAUCUCAAAUUCAAGUUCGCGACAGAUUUACUUAACAUUUCCUGCUGAUAGCACAUUUAAGGAGGAGGAUGUGUCUAAUUACUUUAGCAUGUAUGGGCCAGUCCAAGAUGUUAGAAUUCCUUAUCAGCAGAAGCGUAUGUUUGGAUUCGUUACGUUUGUCUACCCAGAAACUGUGAAGCUCAUCUUGGCUAAAGGGAACCCUCAUUUUGUGUGUGAUUCUCGUGUACUUGUCAAGCCUUACAAGGAAAAGGGAAAAGUCGCAGACAAGAAGCAACUGCAACAACAGCAUUCGCUGGAUAGAGGAGAGCUGUCGGCAUGUUUAAGCCCAUCAGCGCUCGAGUCUAGGGAGCCAUAUGACCUUCCCUUUGGUGCAAGAAUGUUCUAUAAUUCGCAUGAGAUGAUGUUGAGAAGAAAAUUAGAGCAGGAGGCUGAAUUGCAGCAAGCCAUUGAACUUCAAGGCAGAAGGUUAAUGAAUUUGCAACUGAUGGACCUGAAGAAUCAACAUUGCAACGAUCACUUCCCAUCGAGCCUCUCUGCUAGUCUUCCAACUGCUUCCGAGAUGCAGUUUCACUCUCAAAACAGUCAUAAUCUUGUUCCUCUGUCUAAUGACAUUGAUGAAGAAAUCCCUGCAGAAAACACCGAUAUCCAUGAAGCUACCAAGUCCCCAUCUAAUGCAUCUGAUGAGAAGGUGCCUCAGGAAAUGCUGCCUAGCAAUAUUGGGAACGAGAACGGCAGCAAGGAGCAGACCGCUAACACCGGCGACUCUAAUCUUCAAGAAAGCUUGGAGCACAUCCUUCCUGAUAACCUUUUUGCUUCUCCUACAAAGUCAGCUGCAGAACACCAGGCCUCAUUCUCCACUGAUUCAGCUGAAGCCGGCGUUAGUUCCCCAAUAACUGCUACUACUACUAACAACAUCUCUAUGCUUCCCACAACUUCUACGCUCAACAUGGCUUCUCUUAAAUCUUGUUACUUCCACAUGCCAAGGUUUACUUCUGGGCAAGAAGCCAUUGAAAUGUAGGUGUUAGAGUUUGUGCAAGGCUAGCUAGGAGGGAUUAACUUAGCUUGAAAAGUUUGAGUAGUACCAUAUACAAGAAGUAAAAGUCCUCUAGCUGUAUAGCCAAAGUAUACCAACAGAAGUAAAGAUUGGUAAGGAAAGAUCUCCUCAAGAUUGUUGUCAUCAUCAAUACCAUACUACUUACAACAAAUACAUAAUGUAUACGUAAAGGACAGAUGAACUGAUUAAUGAGAGUGGGGUCUCUCUCUGUGUUUAUUUUGUACCCUCUUUUGUAGUUGUGUGCUGGACCACACUUUGAACAAUAGCAAAAAAUCAAAGGCAGGCUAGUAGUAACCCUUAGUUAUGAUAGUAGUUUCCUCUCUUUCCUCUGUUUUUUUUACCGUUGUUAACUUGCUAUCAUGUAAAAAUUAAAGUUGAAAUAUGAAAAAUGCCUUUUAGAUCAUCA